AUCAUUCUCAUUGGUUUCCAGAGUUUCAGGUAAGUUUUCCAUCUGUGCAAAGUCUAAGCAGUUUCCAGUCACUGAUGGUUUUCUGUUUACUUUGCUGAGCUGUUUGCACUUGGGGACAGAAGCUGAUAAUGACACUCCCUGGGCAAACUUGUCAUGAACAUAGAAGCCUUGGUGGCUUCUCCUGUCAUGUAGAGAAAAUGAAGAAUUCCAGGAUGUGGGUGUGGAGGGCACCAGUGAAGCUAUUUCUUUUCUGUGCUGUCCUGGGCUGUCUCAGUUUGCCUGGUUCCAGAGGUGAAAGGCUGCCUUCCUUUGAGUCAAAUGCUGUCAACAAGAGCUUCGCUAGGAGCAGACAGACGCGGAGUGUGGAUGUGACCCCGAGGCCAAUUGACUGUGAGCUGUCCAGCUGGUCCUCCUGGACCACAUGUGACCCCUGUCAGAAGAAAAGGUACAGGCAUGCCUACUUGCUACAGCCCUCUCAGUUCCUCGGGGAACCGUGCAACCUCUUUGACAAGGAAGUUGAAGACUGUGUUACCAGCAGACCAUGCAGAAGUCAAGUGCGAUGUGAAGGUUUUGUGUGUGCACAGACAGGGAGGUGUGUGAACCGCAGACUUCUUUGCAAUGGGGACAAUGACUGUGGAGACCAGUCAGAUGAGGCAAACUGCAGAAGAAUUUAUAAAAAAUGUCAUCAUGAAAUGGACCAAUACUGGGCAAUCGGCCGUCUGGCUAGUGGGAUAAAUUUGUUCACAAACAGUUUGGAAGGUCCGGUUCUUGAUCAUAGGUACUAUGCUGGAGGAUGUUCCCCUCACUAUAUCCUGAACACGAAGUUUAGGAAGCCAUACAAUGUGGAGAGCUACACGCCACAGACCCAAGGAAAAUAUGAAUUUGCACUGACAGAAUAUGAGUCAUACUCAGAUUUUGAACACAAUGUCAUAAAGAAUGCAACUGGCAUGUCUAGUUUCAGUUUUGGUUUUAAAGUCACUGGAAUAUUUGAACUUGGCAUUAACAGUGCAAGUGGUCAAGGCAGACAUUAUAUUAGCAGAACCAAGCGAUUCUCUCAUACUAAAAGCACAUUUCUGCAUGCGCGCUCUGACCUUGAAGUAGCACAUUACAAGCUGAAACCCAGAAGCCUCAUGCUCCAUUACGAAUUCCUUCAGAGAGUUAAGCGGCUGCCCCUGGAGUACAGCUACGGAGAGUACAGAGAUCUCUUCCGUGAUUUUGGGACCCACUACAUCACCGAGGCUGUGCUUGGGGGCAUUUAUGAAUACACACUCAUUAUGAACAAAGAGGCCAUGGAGAGAGCAGAUUAUUCUCUUGACAACGUCCGUGACUGUGCCAAAAACGAUUUUAAAAUUGGUGGUGCCAUAAAAAAUGUCUACGUCAGUCUGGGUGUGUCAGCAGGCAAAUGCAAUGGUAUUCUGAAUGAAAUAAAAGAUAGAAACACGAGGAACACCAUGGUGGAGGACUUGGUGGUCCUUGUACGAGGAGGGGCAAGUGAGCACAUCACUGCCCUGGCAUACAAGGAGCUACCCACAGCAGAACUGAUGCAGGAGUGGGGAGACGCAGUGCAGUACAACCCAGCCAUCAUCAAAGUUAAGGUGGAGCCUCUGUAUGAACUCAUAACAGCCACAGAUUUUGCCUAUUCCAGCACAGUGAGGCAGAACAUGAAGCAGGCCCUGGAGGAGUUCCAGAAGGAAGUCAGCUCCUGCCACUGUGCUCCCUGCCAAAGGAAUGGAGUCCCUGUCCUGAAAGAAUCACGCUGUGACUGCAUCUGUCCUGCUGGAUCCCAAGGCCCAGCCUGCGAGAUCUCCUCUAGGAAAAAUGUCCCCAUUGAUGGGAAGUGGAAUUGCUGGUCCAACUGGUCUUCAUGCUCUGGAGGACAUAAAACAAGACAAAGGCAGUGUAACAAUCCACCGCCUCAAAAUGGGGGCAGACCCUGCUUGGGCCCUGCUUCAGAAACACUGAACUGCUAGGGAAGAGAGCACGUCUAGUAGAUGACACAGCUGUGGGCUGCACACAGUGAGAGCUCUGAACCCCCAAGAAUUCAUGCUAGCUCACUCCCACACCAGCAUCCACCUGGGGCUUGCCCAUGAACGAGGGCCAAUGCCUUUCAGGCUAUUUAAAAUAAAUGUAUUCCGUUUGUAAAAUGCAUGUUGAUUUGGAUAAAUAGUGAGUUCAA